AUGGAGCCCGCGCAGCAGCGAGCGGCAGAAGCCCCGGCGGCGGCGGCGGGAAGCGGGCCCGGGGAAGCGGAGAGCGGCUCUCCGGGCAGGAGAAGCCAGGCGGAGAGCGGCGCGGAGCCGUCGGGCGGCGGCGGGCAGUUGGACGGCAAAGCGGCCGGCGGCCCGCGGCGGAGGCGAGGGGGAGCCGGCGGCUUCGCUCCCCCCGCGGCGCUGGCGGCCAGCGGGACUCCGGCGGCCCCCGGCGGGGCCGGCAGCGCCAACUCCCUGCUCCUGCGGCGGGGGAGGCUGAAGAGGAACCUCUCCGCCGCCGCCCCCUUGCCCGCCGGCGCCCCGGCGCCCUCGCUGGGCACCCGCAGCUUGGACAGGAAGGCGCUGCUGCUUCUGAAGCCGCCCCGGCAGCUGCAGCCCCUACAGCCCCCGGAGCGGGACUGGGUGCGGCGGGACCUGCAGCGGGGCUGCGUCCACGUCUACGAGCGGCACAUGAACUGCUACCUGCGCCCGGUGCUCUGCACCCUGGAGACCACGGCGGCUGAAGUGGCCGCCCGGUUGCAGCAGCUCGGCCACCGGGGCGGCAGCAGUGUGGUGCGAGUGCUGGGCAAAGCGGGCGCGCCGCCGCCGCAGCCCGUGCCCGAGCCGCCGGCGGGCCCCACCGAGGCGCCGCCCGAGCCUGCGGCCGAGGGGCUGCGGCCGCCGCCGGAGGAGAGGCCGAGGAGCCGGCGGGGUACCCGGAGCGGGCUGUCCGGAGGAGGCUGCGGAGAAACGGCGCGGCCCGACCGGCUGCCGCUGGGCAGCGGCGCCGAGGAGAGCGACUUGGCCGGCGGCCGGCCGAGCCCGGCGCCCUCCGACCUCAGCCCCGGGGCGCCGCCGGCCGAACUGUACCUUCUUCAGCCCCAGCGCCGAGAGCGUCUCUGA